GUGCUGUCGAUAAAGUUGUUGAGGCGUGACGUCACGCGCUGCGCGUGCACCCCCCCACAGUGCACAGGAGCGAUGUCGCGUGGGGCGAGCGAUUGAAUGGUCAUUUGUGUGCGUUGUAAACUUUAUUCCUUUAUGUACAAGGGAACAACAACAACGACAACAGCUCAUUGAAAACAAGGCUGAUUGCUAAGGUUCUUGGCUGCUGCAGGCCGCAAUGUACUCUGUGCACAGGAAGGUGCACCCGCCCACAGGGCUGGAGCACGCCGUCUAUUGCCACUUCUUCUCGAGCCAAGAACGUAACCUGGUGGUGGCCGGUGGCUCUCAGCUGCAGAUCUACCGCCUCAUCCAUGACACCGAGUCCGUAUCAAAAGGAGACAAGCCAACAGAUGGAAAGCCUCGCAAGGACAAGCUGGAGUUCAUGUCAUCCUUCUCACUCUUCGGGAACAUCAUGUCCAUGGCGAGCGUGCGGCUCAGCGGUUCUUCGCGCGACGCGCUCCUGCUGGCCUUCAUGGACGCGAAGCUGUCGGUGGUGGAGUACGAUCCAGCAACCCACGAUCUGAAAACCCUCUCCCUACAUUACUUUGAGGAAGAUGAAAUCAAGGAUGGGUUCCACGGGAACGUGCACGUGCCGGUGGUGCGCGUGGACCCGGACGCGCGCUGUGCCGCCAUGCUGGUGUACGGCACGCGGCUCGUUGUGCUGCCCUUCCGCCGUGAGACGCUCGCCGAUGAGGCCGAGGGGGGCGUCUCUGAGGGGCAGAAGCCGAGCCUGCUGCCCAGCUACGUGAUCGACCUGCGGGGCCUGGACGAGAAGCUCCUCAACGUCCUCGACAUGCAGUUCCUACACGGCUACUACGAGCCCACCCUUCUCAUCCUCUUCGAGCCCAACCAGACGUGGCCCGGCCGAGUGGCAGUCCGGCAAGACACGUGUGGGAUCGUGGCCAUCUCGCUCAACAUCGCCCAGAGGGUGCACCCCAUCAUCUGGUCGCUCAGCAGCCUUCCCUUCGACUGCACGCAAGCCCUGGCCGUCCCCAAGCCGAUCGGUGGCGUGGUCAUCUUCGCGGUCAACUCCCUUCUGUACAUGAACCAGAGCGUCCCACCGUACGGCGCCUCCCUCAACAGCAUCACGCACGGCUCCACCGCCUUCCCACUGCGUAUUCAAGAUGGCGUGAAGAUGACGCUGGACUGCGCGCAGGCCACGUUUGUUUCCUACGACAAGAUCGUCAUCUCCCUCAAGGGAGGAGAAAUUUACGUUCUGACGUUGAUCAUCGAUGGUAUGAGGAGUGUGCGGAGCUUCCACUUUGACAAGGCGGCCGCCAGCGUUCUCACCACGUGUAUGCUGACGAUGGAACCCGGCUACCUGUUCCUGGGCUCCCGGCUGGGGAACUCGCUGCUCUUGAAGUACACGGAGAAGCUGACCGAGUCGGCCGCCGAAACGAUGAGCAAAGACAAACCGGAGGAGCCGCCCAACAAAAGGAAACGCACCGAGGCCGGAGACUGGAUGGCCAAGAAUGUGGCGCUUCUCGACGACAUGGAUGAAAUCGAGGUGUACGGGAGCGAGGCGCAGUCUGGCACUCAGCUGGCCACCUACUCCUUCGAGGUGUGCGACAGCAUCCUCAACAUCGGGCCCUGCGCCAAUGUAGCCAUGGGGGAGCCGGCCUUUCUAUCCGAGGAGUUUCAAAACAGACCAGAACCGGACUUGGAAUUGGUUUGCUGCUCCGGCUAUGGGAAAAAUGGAGCUCUGUCCGUGGUGCAGAGGAGCAUUCGGCCGCAGGUGGUGACGACGUUUGAGCUGCCGGGAUGUUACGACAUGUGGACGGUCAUCUCUCCCGUCAGCGAAAAGCGAGAAGAGGGCAAGAGAUCAAGACAUAGCAAGGAGUCCGAGUCGGAAGCGGAGCCCGAGAAGGAGGAGCAGAAGGAGGCGCCGCUGGAAGACGAGAAGAAGAAGCACGGCUUCCUCAUCCUGAGCCGCGACGACUCCACCAUGAUCCUGCAGACAGGCCAGGAGAUCAUGGAGCUGGACCACAGCGGCUUCAACACGCAGGGCCCCACGGUGUUCGCGGGGAACCUCGGAGGCAACCGCUAUAUCCUGCAGGUCUCACCCAUGGGCGUGCGGCUCAUGGAGGGAACCAAGCAACUGCAGCACAUCCCGCUGGACCUGGGCUCGCCGAUCGUGCACUGCUCUGCGGCCGACCCCUACGCCAUCAUCCUGAGCGAAGAGGGGCAGAUCAUGCAGCUGCUGCUCAAGGAGGACAAAGUGAAUGGCUCCUGCUGGCUGGCUGCCGCGAAGCAGCCGGUCCACUCGCAAUCCAAGGUGCUGGCGCUGUGCGUGUACCGCGAUGUGAGCGGCAUGUUCACCAUGGAGAGCCUGGCCACCCUGGUGCGGGAGACGCCCGUCACGCGGUGCAGCCAGGCGGAGGAGGAUGCCCCCGUGGCGGAGCUCAGCUCCGCGGAUGACGAGGAGGAGAUGCUGUACGGGGAGUCGAACGCCUCCGUCUUCGGGCAGAGCAAGCGCGACGAGGCCAACCGCCCUGAGGAGGUGGCGGCUGCCAGCGCGAGGGCGCACGCGAAGGCGGCGCGGGGCCACGCGGAGCCCACGUUCUGGAGCGCGCUGGUGCGCGAUAGCGGCGUCCUGGAGAUUUACCAGCUGCCCGAGUGGCGGCUCGUGUUCCUGGUGAAGAACUUCCCCGUGGGUCAGCGCGUCCUCGUGGACAGUUCCUCGGGGCAGGCCGCCGCCGUCGAGGCCAAGAAGGAGGAGGGGGCGGCGGCGCGGCAGGGGGAGAUGCCGGUGGUGCACGAGCUGCUCCUCGCCGGCCUGGGGCACCGCCAAUCCAAGCCCUUCCUCUUCGUGUAUGUGGACCAGGAGCUGCUCAUAUACGAGGCUUUUCCCUACGACUCGCUGCUCACCAUCAACAACCUAAAAGUGCGCUUUAAAAAGGUGCAGCACGCCAUCACGUUCCGCGAGCGGAAGGCUCGCCCCUCCUCCCGGAAGGUCGACGGGGAGCCGGCCGGCGGUGCCGACGGCGCACAGGACGAGACGGCGGCGGUGAGGGGCCGCGUCGUCCGCUUCCGCACCUUCGACGACGUUUCGGGAUACUCGGGGGUGUUCAUCUGUGGGCCCUUCCCCCACUGGGUGUUCAUGACGUCGCGAGGAGCCCUCCGCAUGCACCCCAUGCACAUCGACGGACCCAUCGAGUCCUUCGCCGCUUUCCACAACGUCAACUGCCCCAGAGGAUUCCUCUACUUCAACAAGCGGGGAGACUUGCGAAUCAGCGUCCUGCCGACGCACCUCUCCUACGACUCGUCGUGGCCGCUGCGCAAGAUCCCGCUGCGCUGCACGCCGCACCACAUCGUCUACCACGUCGAGUCCAAGGUGUUCGCCGUGACCACGAGCGUUUUGGAAAUUUGCAACCGCAUCCCGAGGAUGAGCGGCGAGGAGAAGGAGUUUGAGAUGGUGGACAGAGACGAGCGGUUCAUCUACCCUACCCAGGAGAAGUUCUCCAUUCAGCUCAUUUCGCCCGUCAGCUGGGAGACCAUCCCUAACACCAGAAUCGACCUGGAGGACUGGGAGCAUGUGACGUGCCUCAAGAACAUCUCCCUGAAGAGCGAGGAGACCGUGUCGGGAGUCAAGGGGUACCUGGCGGCCGGGACGUGCCUGGUUCAUGGCGAGGAGGUCACCUGCCGAGGCAGGAUUCUCAUCAUGGACGUGAUCGAGGUGGUGCCGGAGCCCGGGCAGCCCAUCACCAAGAACAAGUUCAAGGUCCUGUACGAGAAGGAACAGAAGGGGCCCGUGACCGCCCUCUGCCACUGCAAUGGGUUUCUCGUCUCGGCCAUCGGGCAGAAGAUCUUCCUGUGGAGCCUCAAGAACAACGAGCUGCAGGGCAUGGCCUUUAUCGACACGCAGCUCUACAUCCACCAGAUGAUCAGCAUCAAGAACUUCAUCCUCGCCGCCGACAUCAUGAAGAGUGUCUCGCUGCUGCGCUACCAGGAGGACAGCAAGACGCUCUCCCUCGUCAGCCGGGAUGUGAAGCCACUGGAAGUGUACGGGAUUGAAUUCAUGGUGGACAGCUCUCAGAUGGGCUUCUUAGUGUCCGACCGAGAGAAGAAUCUGAUAAUCUACACGUAUCAACCCGAGGCUCGCGAGAGCUACGGGGGCACGAGGCUCCUGCGCAGGGCCGACUUCAACGUGGGCGCGCACGUGAACACGCUCUGGCGCACCGCGUGCCGCUCGCAGCCCACCGACAGCAGCCGCCGCGGCGCCUCCUCGUGGGACACCAAGCAGGUCACGUGGUUCGCCUCGCUGGACGGGGGCAUGGGGCUGCUGCUGCCCAUGGCGGAGAAGACGUACCGCCGGCUGCUCAUGCUGCAGAACGCCCUCGUCACGCUCGUGCCCCACCUCGCCGGACUCAACCCCAAGGCCUUCCGGAUGCUGCACUCGGACCGGCGGACGCUGCAGAACACUGUGCGCAACGUCCUGGACGGGGAGCUCCUCUUCAAGUACCUGCACCUGAGCACGAUGGAGCGCAGCGAACUGGCCAAGAAGAUCGGCACCACCCCCGACACGAUAAUUGAAGACAUUUUGGACAUCGACCGCGUGACGGCUCACUUCUAACCUGUGGCCGCCGCGGCGCAAGCGGACGGGCGGGAGGGCGGCAGUGGCAGCGGAGGAUGGAGGGGGGCGCCGUGGGAGGCAUGGUAAUGAGCGGCGCGGUGACCGCUGCUGAGCCAGCGGUUUCUUUCGCCUCCCGCCGAGCCGCGCCUGGACACGCAUCGCGCCCGACGACUUAACGGCGGGCGCGCGGACGCGGCUAAAGGGGCCUGGUGGGGGGGACGCUCGACUCCGGCCUCCUCGGACACGACGCGGCGUUUCAUCCCGAUUACGCCAACUGGACUCGGCACCAGAAACUAACAUCUGUCCGCGUGUUCGCGGUCGGCAUCGCUCGUCGUCGUCAUCGACAUCGUUAUCGGCAGCAGCAGCAGCAGCAGCGGGCGUGAGCAAUGCGCUGCUGGAUGAAGACCGCACCAAGUCGCCACCGUUGCCCUCCGCCCUCCCCACCCACGGUCGCGCAAUCCAACUGACCAACCACAGCGCCCUGCGGCGCACGAGGCGAUUCCGUCGUUCCGUCUCCGCGGUGGAACGUGCUCCGUCUCUCGGGACGAGUUCUCUCUCCGUUGGGGGCGUACGCAAUGGCUGUUGCGCUGUUGCGGUGGCCGUCGCAACUGGGGGGAGGGGAGGUUCAUCCGGAUUGCGUUUUCACAUCGACCUGCGCGAGAGCCCGACCGCGGUGUGUGGGUGUGUGGGUGUCGUAGCGACAUGCCCACACCGCGGUCGACGCCGGGACUUCGGCCGGUGACUUCGCAAAUCGGCUUACACGCAAGGUCGCCGCUCGUGAAUUAAACAAAAAACAAAGGCAAUUUAGCGUCAUUUUUUUUUACAGCCGUUUUUAAUGAAUUCACAGCUUGUGUGUGUGUGUGUGUAUAUAUAAGGGUGCGUUCGCAGUGGCUUAAUCGAAUCUCUAAUUCCUAAGCAAAGUGGAACAGCUGCUGCCGCGGUUCCUGCAAACGGUGGUUGUUGAUUUUUUUUUUGCUGAGAGCAAAAUAAAAACCCUUCCUGCUAGACAAACGUGUCGUGGCAGGGGAGAGUCUGUGGCUUUGCCAUUGAACAGGAUCACUCUGAAGUGAAUGAUUUCAAUUUUGUUUCUCGCUGUAAAAAGAAUAGGUGAAGGCGCAGCCCUACAAUAGCCUGCUGACGCCGUUGCUGGCGAUUAGAGCCUCCGCUGGAGGGAGCUCGAGAGAGAGAGAGAGAGCCCUCUCUGUCGAUCGCACUUUGGCCUACCACAAGCACGCCGGGCAGACAACUCGGAAGAACGAGGUGGGAGUUUUCCCCACGCUUUUCCCCCAUCGCCUACCGAUGACCUCGACUGGUGCACCAACUUACAUGGCUGGGUGGACAGAGGUGAAGGGAAACCUCACCCCCCACCCCCCGUUUCGACUAUCGCGCGCCACGCUGGUCAAACGUGCAGACCUCUUCCACCGCAAGCCCCCCCCCCCCCCCCCCCCCGUGCCACCAGCAGUGGCACCUGCGGCAGCUCUAUCCCACUGCUGGUCAACGUAUUUGAGUAGCGCGUUGGUGCCAAGUGCCAUGCGUGCGUCGUGUACAUACGGAUGUCGUGUGGCUCUUUUUGUGUAUCGAUAAAAAAAAACGGGUUGCCGUUUUCCGUCCCACCGCAGGGACCCCUGCGAGUCGCCGAGCUCGUGGUCUCCUCUGUUCGAUGUCUCACAGCGAGCGAGCUGGGCGCAGCGCGUCCAGCUCCGCUCUGGCCAGGCGCACUGAAUUCAAUUGCGGGGAAAUCCAAAACAAAGAUUUAGAGACGUCGCCGGCGACUUGUGUCGUUUCUCUCUCUCUGUCUUUGGAUGAAUUCAUUUUUCUCGCGCGCUGGGGGUUGGGGGUGGGUGGGGGGGAAUUCGCUUGCCAUCUGUGUUUUGAACGCACGACUGUUUCCAGCUCUGCGAUGAAUCGCUGGAAGCAAAAGGGGGGUCCGAACAAAAGUGUAAGCGCGAGAGCCAUGAUUGUUUUAGGGGGGGCAGCGUCAAUAUAAAUGGCGGGCGCCGAUACGUAGGCGGUCAUUUGUGUUGCUUGUGAAUGUUAUAUUCGCGAAAAAAUUUUCUUGUGAUUUUGAUACCUUGUUUGUACGGCGGCCGUUCGGUGCUGAAUGGAUUAAAACAGUGUGUGGCUGAAACUUG